AUGCAAUGGCAAAAUGUUGGUAUUAUCUCGAACACCAUCGACCUCUCCAAGAACGCACUCUACCUCACUGCCAUUCUCGCCCGCACGGCAUCUCGCUCUUCUCCAUCCAAACAGAAAACAGUUCCCUUGAAGCACUCUUCUGCACCUCCAGCUAACGCUUUAGUCGAAAAACAACGUGCUUCGCUUGUGGACAUGCACAAGGAUGCAUGCCCGUGGAGGACGCGACAAUGCGAAGGGUGUCGCCGACCUGAGCUUUACACGCAGCACAUGCCUAAAGGGCGAGGCGGAGGGCGCGCCAAUUUCGGACACCCCAAGCCAGAAGGGCGGUCUAAUUUCUUCAAGUACUGCUCUUGCGAUUUCUGCAACCAAACCCUUGAUAAUCCAGCACAGCCUCAUGUGACCUUCACGCGUCCGGGAAACUCUUGCGACCCUCUCCGCGAGUUCAAUAACUACUCGGCGAACGUCAACGCUAUGCUGCAGAACCUCGAGAUCACUACCAUCGAUGGAUCUCAGAACACCCCCAUGAUUUCAGAAACCACUGGUCCGUCCACAGUUUGGACCGUUGUCCUCGUCUAUUCCGCGAUUUUACUUAUGAUCUACCUAGCUGCCACUCCGAUGGGUAGCACGGUAACUAACUAA